AUGGCUAAAGUCGCUCCAUCAGUCCCGCCCUCCACCUCCAGGUUAACUCCACCCACCAUCGUUCUGCAGGACAUGGAGGGGGACCCAGCUGACGUCAGGGAGGGGGACAGAGCUGCUCCCAGAUCAGGAGCAGGAGUCCUGUUCAACGUCAACAACAGCAACAACAACGAAGAGGAGGAGGAGGAGAAGAAGAAAAAGAAGAAAGAGAAGAAAGAGAGAAAAGAGAAGAAGGAGAAGGAGAAGCAGGAGAAGAAGGAGAGGAAGGAGAAGAAAAAGAAGGAGAAAGAGGAGAAGGAGAAGGAGAAAGAGAAGGAGAAGGAGAAAGAGAAGGAGAAAGAGAAGGAGAAGAAGGCCAAAGAGGAGGCGCCCAGAGAGAUCACAGUGAUUGAUCCGGCAGGUAACACCUACUACCACUGGCUCUUCAUCAUCACCGUCCCCGUCAUGUACAACUGGACUUUGAUCAUAGCCAGGGCGUGUUUUGAGGAGCUGCAGACCGACUACGUGGUCUACUGGUUCAUCCUGGACUUUCUUGCUGACCUCAUCUACCUCGCUGACAUGGUCUUCAGAACCAGGACAGGUUACCUGGAGCAGGGUCUGCUGGUGAAGGACGAGCAGAAGCUACGUGAGCGCUACAUGAACAGCUUCCAGUUCAAACUGGACCUGAUCUCCAUGAUUCCCACUGACGUGCUGUACGUGGUCUUUGGCCUCACCUACCCCGAGAUCCGCCUCAACAAACUCUUCAGGUUCAACAGGAUGCUGGAGUUCUUCCAGAGGACAGAGACGAGGACUAACUACCCAAACGCUCUCCGUAUCUCCAACCUUGUCAUGUACAUCGUGAUCAUCAUCCACUGGAACGCCUGCCUCUACUACUCUUUCUCCAAGGCCAUCGGUUUCGGUGCUGACAGGUUUGUGUAUCCCGACCCGACAGAUCCAGAGUUUGGUCGUCUGGUGAGGAAGUACGCCUACAGUAUGUACUGGUCCACGCUGACGCUCACCACCAUCGGAGAAACGCCGCCCCCUGUGGAGAACUCUGAGUACUUCUUCGUUGUCACUGACUUCCUGGUGGGUGUGUUGAUUUUUGCCACCAUUGUUGGUAACGUCGGCUCAAUGAUCACCAACAUGAACGCUGCCAGAGCCGACUUCCAGGCUCGCAUCGACGCCAUCAAACAGUACAUGAGCUUCCGAAAGGUAACGAAGGACCUGGAGAAGCGAGUGAUCAAGUGGUUUGACUUCCUGUGGACCAAUAAGAAAGCAGUGGAUGAGAGGGAGGUGCUGAAGUACCUGCCUGACAAACUGAGAGCUGAGAUCGCCAUCAACGUCCACCUGGACACCCUGAAGAAGGUUCGUAUCUUUGCGGACUGCGAGGCUGGUCUGUUGGUGGAGUUGGUGCUGAAGCUGCAGCCGCAGGUCUACAGUCCAGGAGACUACAUCUGUAAGAAGGGCGACAUCGGCAGGGAGAUGUACAUCAUCAAGGAGGGAAAACUUGCUGUUGUUGCCGACGAUGGCGUCACGCAGUUUGUCGUCCUGAGUGACGGAAGCUACUUUGGGGAGAUCAGCAUCCUGGCUAUCAAAGGCAGUAAGGCAGGAAACAGGAGGACGGCAAACAUCAGGAGCAUUGGUUACUCCGACCUCUUCUGUCUUUCCAAAGACGACCUGAUGGAGGCGCUGAAGGAGUAUCCUGACGCUAAGGCUCUGCUGGAGGAGAAGGGAAGGCAGAUUCUGAUGAAGGACGGACUUCUGGACCUGGAGGUGGCAGCGCAGGGCCCCGACCCCAAAGAGAUCGAGGAGAAGGUGGAGAGGAUGACGAGCACGCUGGACGUCCUGCAGACACGUUACGCCCGGCUGCUGGCCGAGCACGAAGCCACUCACAGCAAACUCAAACACAGAGUCACCCGGCUGGAGAGGAAGCUGCCGCCGCCACCGCGAGCCGACCAGCCAGGCGACGCUCCGCCCCCUCCAACACCUGAGACUCAGACAGCUAAAGAAGAAGACAAGAAGUAGAGUGAAAAGAGGAGGAGCGGCAGUGGGAGGACUGGGAUGUUUGAUUUUAGAGCCUGGUUUAGCCAGACGGGUGGAGAAGCAUGACGCAGACGUGAUUAAAUCCAAAGUUCGUGUUCAGAGUUUGUGUUAAAAAAAAAACUGAUUCAAGUUCUGUUCAGAUUCAUGUUGCAUCCAGAGGUGAAGGAAAAGAAACAGGGAACAGUGAAGCUGUUUUCACACAUGCACUGUGACUCAGACAUUAACCAGCUGUGUGAGGACGCGACUGUCUCAAUCAGCCGCCUGGUACAAAGUCCACGGAAUGAGCUGACAGAGAAAUCACAGCGAGCGAGUGUGUCCCAGGCUCCGCCCCUCACCUCAACCAGCUUCGCCCACACGACGUUCUCCAGAUGCUGUUCAUGUGUGAAAAUGGUUUGUGACUGUUUCCUGUUCCAUUUCAAAACUCCUCUCCUUUAUUUUACUAAUGAACGUUUACACUGGAAACAACCUGAGGUGCAGGAGGAGGACGGACUCUGGAUUCCACUCAGUGAGCAUGAACGGACGCCCGAGCUUCAGAAGACAUGAGAGAGAGAGAGAGAGAGAGAGAGAGAGAGAGAGAGAGAGAGAGAGA